GUUAUCGGAUAAACGCGAUUUAUCUAUUAUUGAGCAAUUGAUAAUUUACACUUAGUUUUUCGUGAAAUGUUGAGGUGUUAAGAAUGGCAGAUAAAGUGAAAAAGAAACCUUUUUUUACGCUUAAGCGUUGGAAUAGUCAAAAGCAAAGCGACAACGUUUUGGGAACGAUCAGUCCAAUAACACCGUCGCCGCGGGGACAGUCUCAGGAUAACACAGAGUUGUGCAGGUCACACAACUCACUAGCGACUCGGACGAUGAAUUCCGUUUCAGAUUCUAAGCCUAGAAAGUUAUCUGCGGGCGGUAUCAAGGAAUUGGUUCAGUGUCCGCUAUGUCUUGACGUACUUCACAAUCCGAAGAUGCUACCAUGUCAGCACACAUUCUGCAUGACCUGUCUCAAUUCUUAUAUUGGCGAUAAACCUAUAUUUGAAUGUCCAAUAUGCAAAACAAAAAUACAAGUACAAGGACCGAAUUUCAUAAGAGAUUUGCCUUCGAAUCUAUACAUAGAUUCGUUAUUGAAUAUAGUGGGUAUUCAUAAUAAGCCCCAGAAGAAUCCAGAAACGCCACCAGCCACUCCAACUACACCUGGCACUCAAAGCGUGGAUCUCUUCGCGGUUGGGCUCCGAUGUUCGAAUUGCAAAAGCCAUUGUGACAAUACAAAUAUUACUUCAUGUGAACAUUGUAGAUUGAAAUUCUGCGGUGUCUGCUGGUCCCAACAUUUAGACGAUAUGAGAACUCAAAUAGGAUCAAUAUUGAAACAGCUCGAUUCUGCUACCAAUCGACUCAAUCACAAAAUAGAACAUUUUAAGGAUCGUUGCGAACGUAUUACUGAACAGAUAAACAAAACGGCUGAAGAUAAGAUCAACGCUAUAAUCGAUUCCAAAAACAAUAUGCUGAUUGAAGCGGUGAGCUUGCAGAAAUCUGGCGAUAUGUCUGCUUUGGCGCUAAAGACUUCGUUGGAGGAAGCCAAAACAGUCGCUUCGAAGGCUAUGACAGUAUCGGAUGGCGUUAACAUAGAUGGCGAGCAACAAGUAACAACAUUCAUGAAUCUUCAUCAAAAUGCAAUACAAUUACUAACGGACGUAAUAAAAUGGGACACGGAAGGAUUCGUUUUCGAUAAAGAGAACUUCACGUUGGAAGUUGAUUCGACUACACCAGUCGAUGCUGAAUCGGAAGACCCAGUGUCUGAAGGAUCUAAACAUAAUGAUCCGUUGGAGAGCGAGGAAAGUCUAGUCACUUAUUACAGAUCCCGUAAUUUCAUACCACACUAUGUGUGGCGCAAAACCUCGCGACCGAGCGGUGUCGGUCUCAGUCCGUGGGACAGUCAUCUUUACGUCUGCGGAAUGGACAGUCAUAGUGUGAUGGUGGUAGAACGCGCGCAGGCGAAGAUCGUGACGCGUCUGACGUGCGAUGAGAUGUUAUGUCCUGUCCAGAUCGCGUUUAUGAAAAGUCAGGGCGAAAUUUAUGUCACCGACAAAUGGAAACACUGCAUCCAUGUUUUCUCCAAAGACGGUCUGUACUUAAGGUCCAUCGGUCAUAAAGGCAGCAGAGUCGGCAUGUUUCGCUCUCCCGAGGGUAUUGCCACAGACAACGCUAAUAAUCUUAUUUAUGUUGCUGAUACUGGAAACGAUAGGGUACAGAUUAUACAACCUGAUGGAAAAUUCGUUGACCAAAUAGGAGUUUAUAAUAAACUGAAACCAACGGGUAAUACCACAUUGUGGGAAACCAAAGAAGUAAUCUGCACGGAACUAAACACACCCACUGCGGUCGCCCUGACCGCCGAUCGAAUAAUCAUACUGGACAGCGGAAACCGACGCGUCAAAGUGUACAAUAAAAAUGACAAAGGAAAAAUUCUCGAAUUCGGCUCUACGGGUCAGAGAAAAGGCCAGUUCAGACAACCAGAGGUUUUGGCUGUAGAUCCUAUGGGCUACAUAUUAGUUGGAGACUCUGGGAAUUGCAGAGUCCAGGUGUUCAAGCCGACAGGACAGCUGGUCAGAGUAUUCGGAGGCUUCGGCACUCAACCCGGCAAAUUCGGGUGGAUAUCCGGAAUACACGUCACAAAGCAUUUAGAUAUUAUAAUUUGCGAUACCAAAAACCACACUGUGAAUUUUCUGUAAAUCUCCAUGAAAAACAAUUCUAUGCUAUUCAUAUGUUUUUGUGAUACGUCUGUUGGGUACAUAGUAAUAUAUUUAAAAUUCUAUUGUAUGUGCGUAUGUCACUGAACUCCCCCUAAACGGCUGGACCGAUUUGAAUGAUAUUUUUUGUAUGCGUUUUAGUGUCGCCCUGGAUAGUUUAGAUUCAUAAAUCAGCCCGGCAGUUGGCGUUGCAGUCUGUAUCUAGGUUAUUUAUCUAUACUGCAAUUAAACGGCUGGAUCGACUUGAAUGAAAUUUUGUGUAUGCAUUCACAGGACAACGUCUGUCGGGUCCGCUAGUUGUAAUAUAAAGUUAGUUGUUUCACCAAAUGAGUUAAUACAGAUUAC